GAAUAAAUGUAUUAAGCAGUUUGAUUGUAUUGUCUUCACCUGUAUUAGUUAUAAUAUUUUUUCUUUUUUUUUUUUUUUCAUCAAGUUGUAGUCAUUAAUGAUUAUCACCAGCUCAGUGAGUGCAUGUGCAAUGAACAGGUUUGUAUGAUCCUGUUCAAUUUUAAAUGAUGAUGUUUCUCUAUGUCAGGCUUUGGAAUCUGAUCUUAGCAGCAGAGAUGAAAAAUUUCUUAACCCUUUGUUAAAUGUGGAGAAAUUUAGAUGGAUGACAGUUGCUGCGGCAAGUGUGGGAAAACUUCCAAGCCUUAUAAAUGGGCUUGUCAGGUAAGAAGAUUUUGAAGCUUUGUUACUAAUGGUUGUUGAUUUUGUGUUGUUUUAACUGCAAUCAGUAUUGUAGCCAUGACCAAAAAGUCUUGUCCUUCCUAUGUUUAGUAAACAAUUGGCUGUCCCCCUACUUUUUAGUCUAUUGAAAGUGAAAGUUGGAUGCUCAGGGGUUCCUCAUUGUCUAGCCAGCCUUAUAGAUAGAAUACUACCCCACGGCUGGCAACACCUUUAAACUCAUUCAUGGGUCCACAUUCCAGGCACCUGUUAAAAACCAAUUAGAUCUGUGAGGGAAAAAAAGAGAAUGCCAAGGGGAACACUUGAAUGAAACUGCUACAAAACCGCUCAGCACUUCUGAAAAUGACUGUCGCCAUAUUGCUUGUGAACCUAGAGAUGACAACUGUAAUUUGGCUAAGUACACUUGCACCUGUGAGAUUGACCACUGACCAAAAAUGAACACCUUAGAACUGGGCUCAUGGCAGUUUACUAUAUGUUCAAGUGUCAUUUAACUAAAUUCUAAUGUAAAUUAUCUAGAACAGUAAGUAUUAGUUUUGAAAAAGUGCUCUUAGCGACUGCCUCAACUUUUUUGCCUUGUAGAGUUACAGAACAAACUCUUCGCCCUGCUACAGAAAAAGAAGACGGUGAGUGGGAAUAAUAAUAAUUAUGAUGAGUUGAGUUUCCUUCGCUCAAGUAUAAACCUUUCUGAUCAAUCAUGCUCUUUCACAGUGCUUUCCAAAUGAUUGUCCCGAUCCGAAAAACAAACUGAUUAUCUCUUGUCGGUUAAAUUAAACCAGUGAAAUUGAUUUGUUGUAGUUAAAAAAGGAAGCAUCAGAGGGGAGUUAUUUAACACGUCUUUCUUGUUGCUGUGUCAUAUUGGACAAGUAUAUGGCUCCAAGGUGAGUUUGAGUCUAGUUACUUCUCCUUUUUUUAAAAAACUUAUCCUAUAUUAUUUGACAAGUGUUCGGUGAAGGCAAAGUGAAUAUUGUUGAAUAUUCCCCGAGAUGACGGGGCCUUUCAAUGUUCAACAACAUUUACUGAGCAUGAGGUGAAUUAAUGUUUUAGUACAGUUGUUUUGGUGAUUAUUAGAGCUAAAACUUAAAUUGUAGUCUAUUUCUUUGCUUUUAACUUGUCAUGCAUCAAGAACCAGACCCGAAAUCUCGCACCUACAUUCUCAGACAUAGUUAGUUGGGACGAUUCUCGUGAAGAACGUUUGUGACGCUCUUUCCGCCCCUCUUCCCCCUCCAAUGUUAUCAGUUGCCAAUGUGUCCAUGUCAUCUUGCAGACCAACACUGAGAGGGGCGGGCAGAAAGUGUCCCAACAAAUGUGCCUGGGAGUGUAGAUCAUAUGAUCAAUCUAAAUUGCAGAUGAUAGAAGAAAAAACUCAAUGAAAUGAGAUAUUAUGUAGUGGCCGUGUUAAAAUUCGUUUGUAAUUAAGUAUUCAAUAGGCUUAAAAUGACUAAAAAGAAGCCAUUUGCGGCCAGCCCUAUCCGGAAAGUUAAGCGCUCCUGUCGUAACCACCUCGGGCUCGCGGGGUGAUUAUAGCGAGGAGUGACGUAAUCCUGACCAAGUAGAGCCGAGAAUCUCUAGAAUCACAUGAGCAAUUAUACUAGUUGCGAUUAUUUAAGAAAUUCGUACUCUUAUUGGUCAGGUCAUUUCUGAAGUUUCUAAGAAUCGAUUACCGACUCCGUUUGUGGUUCAGUGGAUUUUACGUCACAUACCUGGCAUUGACAAAUGGAGAUCAUUCAUUCCUGAUACACAACACACACCCAAUCAAGCAGCCGUCAACGAAUUACUUAAUAUGUUCUUCAGCAACUCAGCCUUCCCUGCAAGGUACAGUUAUAUAACCUGUAACCAGUAGAGCGCUUUUUAGUUGAGUGUCUUGAAAAAGCGAAACUUGCUAUAAAAAUCAAGUAUAUAAAGAAAAAGACACAGAGGUUUCAAUAAUUUUUUUUCGUAAGCGGCUGUCGAUGGUGUAAAAGGCGUCUGUGUCGUAAAGGUAACUUCAAACACGGGAGCCUGUUUGCAGGCUAAACAGACGGCAGUGAGAGGUGUCAACCCUUUAACUCCCAAGAUCUGAUUGCUAAUUCUCCCCUCCAGCUGCUACACAUUUCCUUGUAAAAUUAGUUACGAGAAUGUGGUGUUUGAUCAAGAUGACAACUUCGACCUGAUAAGUCUGAGUAAUCUCAUUACCAUUUUUUGCUGGAUAAUGUAUGGAUAUUAUGGGGAGAAGUUACGUGUUAAUCACUUCUGGGAGUUAAAGUGUUAAAGGCGGUGGUAGACCGCUAGUAACUACCUUUUAUUGAAACUCCUGAUUAGACUUGUCAAAAAAAAACUUUAGUGUCACACUGAAGCGGUAAGAAUUCCUAAAAGAACCCAGCUAGCUGCCUUAACCGUUGUAACCAGCAGGUUAAGUAGUUGAGAUUGGUUUGGUUUGCAUUUGCAUGGUUGUGUGAAUUGUGCAAGUUUUAGACUAAUUACAAAGCGUAGUGAAAUAAAACCAUUGCGAUCUUGAAUUACUUUUGACGCUCGUUUGAAAAUUGCGCCAUUUUUCUCAAACAGGGGUCGCUCAGACUUCUUAUCAUCGUAAUGACAAUAUUUUCGCUGUGCAGUUAAUAGUGAGACCAUACUCUGAGUACAGCUAUGGGUAUGGAUGUCGUUAGAGUAUAUAAGAUUAAUCUGGGAAGGUGUCUCCAGAAAAAGAUUGCGUCCAGGAUAUUGAAAAAUUUACUCUGACUUUAAAAGUAACAACUUGCCCAGGUUUGAAGAGACUUUUUAUGUUCUUUGAGAUAUUUUGGCUCACACGCAUGUAUGCACCUCUUAGCGUCUCAGUGAAAGUUUGACAAGUUGCCCUUUCUCUUUUGAUUUCAUUUGCUGACGGUGAAAACCAAUUGCAGCUGACUGUCGGAAAGGUGCAGACUACGUAUUAGCAGCCUUCCCAGGUGCAUUAACUCCCAAAGUUCCGCGCGACGCGCUAACAUCUUUUUUUUUCACUGAUGUUUUCUUUUUAAUCGCACGGGGACUUCUUCGAAAAGAAGGGACUGCACGUUGUCUGAGAAAAGUGAAGAGCAGAAAGUCAUUUCAUUAUUUAAACUGUCACACAAAGUCCACAUAAAUUAUACAGGUAGAAGUUAUGCGCUUUCGUACAGGAUUGGAAGAAGUUACUAUGUAACUUGACACGUCACCCUGCUUACGGAUAUAUCAUUUUUGAUGUAUAUUUUUCUCAGUCAAGCUAAUUGGGAUGAAAAUUGUACGAACGUAUCCAGUGCCCUGCAUGAUGUGCUGAAAGCAUGGCAGUGGGAGUCAAAAGCAGUUCCUCCUGAUCAUCUACAGGUAAUCUUUCUUAACCCAAAAACUUCCAAAAUCUGCUUACUAAUUUUUCCUUCUUGCAGUAAAACGUUCUUAUUGGACAAGAUGGUGUUUUAUCAAGAGAAUCUGCUCUAACUGUAUGAUCAGAUUGUGAAUUUUCUUUUCCUUUUCGUUGGAUGAUGUAUGAUACUGCAAGGAGAGGUUACAUGUAAAUAAGCUCUGGGAGCUGAUGUGUUGAUUUGCUCAUGGAAAGUGUAGAUAUCUCAGGUUGCAACCCCUUACUAGUUACUGUCGAAUAACGUAAAGAAAGUAGACAUUUCUGAAAGGAAAACUUAAAAAAGAGAAAAAAAGGGAGUGGCAAAUGGAAACUAAGACAGACAAAUCAUACUGGAGCUGUUUUCAACUGAGUGUCGAAAUUCCUAAAGCAAAACAAUCACAAUGGUCAUUCAGAACAAAGGAAAUCAGUACCAGAAGCCAAUGAGAACUCAAAGUACAUGUAGAAUUAAACUGCUUGAAGUGCGGGAAAAAAAGUGACCAACGGAGAUUGGUUUUAAUUUUGCAUCUGAUUGGUCGAGAGGGUGGCGCGAGUUUUCCAAACCAAUCAGAGAACACAGUACAAUUGUGGAUUGCUUUCAACAAUUACUUGAAAACUUAUCUGUUAACAAGAAGGGAAUUACAUUUAUUUGUCUUUAACUUUAUAAUGAAGUCCUCCAAUUUGUGUUGCUCGCCUCAAUUGAGAAAUAACUGUUAAAUGCUCAUAUCUUUUGAGAGCCACGUUUUGUCUAGCUCCUUUAAUCAUUUCUGAGGACAAUAACUUGUGAACGGCUGUGGUUUGUCUUAUAAGUUAGUGAUUUUCAGUUAUGUUAUGAUUAAGAGUUUUCUCUGAAUCCUUUGAUAAAACAUAGCUCUCAGGAUUCUUAACUCUAUUGUAUUGUUUUGUUCAUCAUUAUUUUUUCAGAAAUUGUGUGAACUUCUCAAGUACGAAGCACCCGCACUGGCGGUUUGUGCUUGUUCAUGGAGCUGUGGGCACAUUCACACCCUGACUGCGGAAGAAAGAAAGCAUCCUAUGCGGUAAAACCAUUAUACAUGUACCAACAAUCUUGAAUCACUCGUUCCAUUUGUGGUUCAGUGAUGUGCAGUCCUGGAAAAUCAACUCAAAGAAAAUACUACCUAUGACAAAUGUCACUUACACUCAGUUUAAAGGCAGUUUUCGUAAAACCACCCUUUUACAUGUAUAAGCAAGUCAAUGUAAACCCAAACUGAAAUUCAACUGACUGCUUUAGUAAUUUUUCUAUUAUACUUUUUGUAGGCUAGUCGGAUUCCUUGUAAAGCCUGUGAAUCCAAGAGGGUUUUCCCAAGGAUUUGUAGACAGGUAAAUUAUUUUAUCAUGAAGUAAUUGUUAUAGGAACAAACGAGGUCGUUUAUGGAUGUGGCGAAAGCUGUUUCCGAUAACUCGUGAAUGCGCAUUCUUUCUUUUUGGAAAUUUUCAGACCGGAUUAAUCAGACACUAAACGGUUUUUGUGUUACCUUAUUAUUUUCAAAUGGAAUUGCUGAGGUGAGGCUGGGUCCAAUUUGUGGCUCGUCUCUUCGUUGAAAGAACAAUGCUAAAUAACAAAAUUAACAUCAAGAAGAACAAGAAGUCAUUUUACACAAUUGUCUUGUUUUACAGGUGCGCGAUGUUGUGUGAAGUUAUGAAGACGAUGUCAUCCAGUGUUGAGGGUAAAGGUAACAACUUACAACUUAUCCAGUGUGGGUAAUUUCUCCAUUUGUUGUAAAUCCUGAUAAUUUAAUUUUUUCAAAGUCAACUCUUUGAGCCAUUUCAACCGUCUGUGUCUGUUAACUUUACAGACAACACGUGGGAGAUUGACAACCCGAUAUCUAAAGGCAAGCCUGUGUCAAAGGUAAGGUUGUAGAUAAAGAUAAGUCUUGGGUCACUCUGGUCAAAGCUUACUGAAACAGUUUGUGAAACUAGAUACAAGUACGGAGAAAAUACCUCAGGAGAAAUCUAUUUCAUUGGUAGAUGAAAGUAAAGAUGAGGAUGUGAAUUGAUGAUGAUGAUUUAGUUAUGGCAUAAAGCUCUUUCUGAUGGGUUUGUUAAGUUAUUUUGCACCAUAUAUUUUCAUGUUUUCCUUGUCUGGUUUCUCUACAGACCCUCGCAUCAUUGUUUUCAAGCGUUGUCAAAGCGCGUCAGCUGAGUAGUAAGACACUUGAACAGUUCAGACAUUUGUUAAUUACGGGAGGAAAUGAGUGGUUCAUUUACUCUAUAGUCCAGGUUAGCGCGCUCUUGUCACGAUCGGUUCAGUGCGAAUCUGUUGUUCAAUGAAUUAAGUUUAAUUUUCUCUCUCAUACAUUGCCGACUCUUCACUGAUGGUUUGCAAUCUCUCCCUGCAACCCUUAUCUCCCAGAAGUGAUUAACAUGUAACCUCCCCCCUAUAACAUCCAGUCAUUAUCCAGGAAACAGGUUAUGAGAAUACUUGCUCUUAUCAGGUAGAAGUUGUGUUCUUGAUCUAACACCAAAUUCGCGUUACUAAUUUACAAUCAGAUCUUGGGAGUUUAAGGACUAAGUCUAUCAAAGGUCUUGUUUUGAUAACCUCAGGAGGAUCUCUAAGUCCAAUCCAGUGUCGCAACACACGUGUGCAUAUAGCAUACGUUAAAGGCCUUAAACCUGAUUCAUAAAAUAUCAUGGAGAAAUCGCUUUUGGAUGAAGGCCUAUAUGGGGAAUUCAGUCUUAGCAUCACAACCAAUCGUUUUCAUUUCUCUCUGAAUCAGGAGGUGUUGAAGUGCAACCGACAUGAAGAUAUCUUACUGGCAGGUCAGUUAUUACAUUUAGUUCAGUAACGUCCAGUUUACAUUGGAGGUUGUCAGUGAGCCGAAGGCGUAAUUUCUUUUGCAGACUACUGAAGAAAUCCUUCGCUGGGCGCCUCUCCCUUCCCUGCCCUUGUUUAAGUGAAAAUUGGACGAGAUUUGUUCGGGUGUAAUUAGCUUAAAUUUCCAUUCUUUGUCGUUUUUUCCCUACUCCUUGAGUUGUGCGAUGAUGUCUCUCAAGAAGGAGAAUUCACUCACAUGUGCAGUUUUCGGUCUCGUUUAGCUUUCUUUCACCCCUACCCCGUUAAACUCCUCUUCGUUUGCGCAAUUUUUCUUUCUGUAUUCGUUAUGAAAAUUAAAAUGUUAUAUUUGAAAUGUAUAUUAAAGUAGUGUUGCAUUGUCCAAACUGUCUUUUUUUCGUUAUUGUUUAUUAGCGGACUUGGCCAGUUGUCUUUUAACGUUUGACUCUGAAAGCUUAGUGCCUUGCUUUCUUGAAAAAGUUAUGCCAAUGGUUAUGAAUCACGCAGAAGCUGAAACAAUAUUAGAAGACCCAAAGGUACAGUUGUUUAUAUCGGUUUUUCCUAAUUGUUUGAACACUGGUGUAUUCUCAUAUCCAAUCAGCACACGUACAUAUGGGCCUAUAUUACCCGCUUUGUUCCGCUUUGUUCCGCGAUAUUGAUCAAGCAUGUUUGGUUAAGAUAGCGAGACGUUAGCUUUGCUCUCUUCAUUGAGAACAGAGGAGAAAUCUAGGUCUAUUAGAACGGAAAAAAAGACCGUGACCUUAAAAUGCGUAACAGUCGUAGAUGUUUCCUCUCGGGAGAAACAUGAGGCUUGCAGAAGUCACGCAAAGUAAAGGUGUUCGAGGCAGAGCUCCUUUAUGCCAUUUGUAUUAAAGUGACUAACGCUCAGCUUACGCUUCUCCCGGUUGGCCAAAAGAAAACGUUAAUGAAUGCUGCAUUGGUAAGUCUGGUCGAUAUUGGGCCAAUUUGACCUUAAACUUGAUUAAUGACACAGACGUGCAUUUUCUUCCCUCCAGGGUUGGGCUAUCGCUCGGCUUAUGGCACACGCUGUGUGUUUGGGAAUGACCAUAGAACAUACACUGUCGAAAGGAGAUUUAACUGAUAGCGAAAUCGAGCGGUAAGAAAUGUGAACAAGACUGAGGUGUAUUGUUCCUUAUUAACUGGCUAUUUAAAUAUCAAGUCAAGGUCUCUUAAUUUAGUUCAACUAGUUUGAUUUCUUUCUUUCUUUCUUUUUAAAGCCCGGCUAAAAUACAGAGGUUGGACAGUUUUCCCUCUCUCUUCAAUUCCACGUCUUCAUCACGCGUCCAACAGACUCUUGGUACGUUUAUUUUGAAACGUAGACAGCAUUUGAUUGUAAUGACAUGACUGCGAAGAUUAUCACGUUUUAUCUGUUUUUUUACCAGUAAACAUCACAUUGUGCCGAGUUCCGAAAAAUAAGAUAUUGACCUCUAUUUCGAUCUAUUGAUUAGUUCGCUUUUGUGAGGAUUUUAUUGCCACCGUUAAAACCACCGAGGUUGGACCAGUGCCAGCACUAUUGGUGUCCUUCCUUCAACAAGCUGUCGCUAGUAUUGGAACCAUCGUUGGGCCCCUAUCAGCCUGUCUUCCAGAAGAUUUGGUAGGUACAUGUAGUUUUGAGUUUUUUAGUCAAAAUUGUUGGUCAAGGACCACUUCCCAUUCUUUCGUCCCUUUCGUUCAAGCCUUUCUUAACCUUCAACACUUAGAGAAGGAUUAAAGUUUCAUAAUAACGCCUCAAGAAACUUUUUAUACAUUACUUGAGAGUACUUACACUUUUUGAUUUCCCAUAAAGCAAUUUAUAAUAUAAAUAAAUCUUUAAAAGAAACUGCACAAACUGGCAGUUUAUGCAGUUUCUUUUAAAGAUUUAGUCAGCAAAACCUUGGGAGAGCUCAUUAGUUUAGAAAAAAAUUGAAUGUCACUAUUUGGAGUAUACUGGUUUAUCUCUGUCUUGUUCACAUCCCCUUAAAGAAUGACUCGUUUUUUUACCCUUUACACCCUAACAUCGGUAUAAAUAUUCUCUAUUCUGUUCUCUAUAAAUUUCUUAAGUUGUUGACAGGGAGAAUUUGUUUAACAAUCAGAAGCUUCUUUAGUUGGUUACUUAUUUCCUUUAUCGUCAUGACCUUAAUGUGUGAUUUGUGGGUGAUAUUGUAAGGAGAAGUUAGAUGUUAGUCACUCGUUGGGGUCGAAUGGUAACAUAACUAGCAUACUUAUACCAUUUCAGGUAAAGGAAAUAUUGGAAUUAUCACCUAGUCUUCAAAACACACCCGAUGUACUUUUGGGGUUGUGUAACAUGAAGACAACGGAAGGUCGACAGUUGUGUGCCAAGGCUUUGUGCAAUAGUAUUUGAACGUAUGUAGAUUUGUAUAAUUGACUGGAAAGAGUUCAGUGGCAUGGACGAUAUUAAGAGUUGUUUGAAUGAUGAACUUAAACCAGAGGUCAAGCAUAACGUUGGGAAUCAGUUGUGGAUGUGAACGCCGCCAGCUGAUGUAAGUUCCUUUGGUAAAGGAAACUCUGCAUGGGAUACAACGAUAUCAAGGAAACGGAUCGAAAUUUUUGGUGGAAAUAAAAACGCACACAAUAACAACACAACAACAACAACACCAACUACAGCAACAAAGAGAAAGUUACUUCAAAGAAGAGAAAGAACUGAAAAUUAGACUUCUAGGUACCAGAAUGGGAAGAGAUAGGACUGAAAAUUAGACCUCUGGACACCAGGGUCGGAAGAGAGUGGACUGAAACGAGACCUCUUGGUACCAGAAGUCGGAAGAGAGAGGACUGAAAACGAGACCUCUAGGUAUUAGGGUCGGGAAAGAGAGGACUCAAAAUGAGACCUCUAGGUACUAGGGUCAGGAAAGAUCUGACAAAUAGGCUAACCCCAAGUUACCCCUAAAUUUCAAUUGCGUUGCGAGGCCGGAAACUCAUUUUCUCAAAGAAUCAAUAGUCGGCCUCGGUUUGAAAAUGGAGACGUGUGGAACUCAGCUUUGGUUCAUUACCUCUGGACCACAGAGUUCCUUGAUGAACAGUCUCUCUGUUUUCGAAGCCGUCCUAGUUAACUUCAAUCAUGGGUUUGCCAUCUAUUGAAUCGUGUAUUUGCAAACCCUCUACGUCCGCUACUUAGGUGGCAAAGGAAUAAAACGUGAGAAUUAAAGAAUGUAAAUACAUGUACACAUAUAUUUAAAGAAUAUCUUUAUACGAG